AACUGGCAUAGAAUCAUAACCAAACUUUGAAUGUCUUGUUCUCCAUCCAGUAGUUCUGAAAUCUUUGAUUUUCACCAGGCCUUUGAACCCUUCUUCUCGAAGUUAAGACCAUGACAGACUUACUCUUUUCUGUUUCUGGAUGUGUUUGUGACAGUUGGUCUCGAAAUGUCAGAUAUCUUUUAUUGGGCAAGCAGCACUAGUGAGACAGUUCCAGUGAUUCAGACAGAGAUGGGAAAACUAUUCCGGAGAUUGGUGGCAAUCGUUGUGACUGUCAGCGCUGUCCUGCAGAUGUUUUAUGUGAUAACCAUAUACAGCAUGACGAAACCAAACCGCGCCUUUCCCAUCAGCCGCCCAUCUAAUUACAGUCACAGGUCUUCCUCUCUCAGGCCAAAACACACCAACGUGGCCUUCCUGAAGACACACAAGACCGCCAGCAGCACUAUGCAGAAUCUGCUGCACCGCUUCGCGGAACGUAACAACCUGACGGUGGCGCUGCCCAACGAAGCCUGUGAUUUUUACCAGUUCUGCUACCCUCGCAACUUCAGCGCACACUUCGUACAUGAGCACACGUUGCAGCCAAACAUGAUCACCAGCCACAUGCGCUUCAAUCUCGCCGAGUUGCGACGGCUCAUGCCCAACAAUACCAAAUAUGUCACUAUAUUACGGGAGCCAGGAUCCAUGUUUGAGUCCCUGUUUAGUUAUUAUUACGAGAUCUGUCCGAGUUUUAAACGGGUGCCCAAUGGAUCACUUGAAGCAUUUUUGGACAAUCCUUGGAGGUACUAUCGCCCCGACGAGGACGAGUCGAUGUACGCCCGAAACACACUAACCUUCGACUUGGGCGGGGAUAAGGAUCGCCUGGAGGUGGACUUGGAUGAGUAUGCGCAGGCUUUCGUAGCGGAAAUUGAGCACGUCUUCUCUUUGGUGAUGAUCACGGAGCACUUUGAUGAGUCGCUCGUCCUUUUUCGUCACCUACUCUCCUGGGAUGUUGAGGAUAUUCUCUACGUCAAGCUUAACAUGCGGACACCCAGCUCCAAGCGCAGAUUCUCUCCGGGCAUUCAUGCCAAGGUCCGUGCAUGGAAUGCCCUGGAUGCCCGUCUCUACGACCACUUCAACGCCUCACUGUGGCGCCAGCUAGCUGUCCUGGGCCCGGAACUUGUGGCGCGUGAGGUGAAUCUUCUCCACAAGGCCCAGGAGAGCUUUGUGAAGGACUGCUUUGGCGAUCAGCUUCUACAGCUUCGUUUGGCUGCCCAGAUCAAGAACAACAAGACACGACCUUGGGUACCCGAUAAUGAGGUGGGCAUCCUAGGCUAUGAGUUGCCAACCAACACUAGCCUGCCUCACAACCUCUGUCUAAAACUCAUUAUGCCCGAGCAUCAGUAUUCAGAUGAUCUACUGCUGAUGGCUUCUCAUAGGAAGAGAUGCUCAAAGCCAUCAACAGUUACAAAGUUACAAUAAAAGUGAUAACAACAUUUACACCAUUUUCUUUUGUCAAUUAACAAGCACAUUCCCUUAUACCACCAGUGACCUCUGCUAAGAUUAACCUGUCACUGAAAUUUAAAUCUGGUACUUAUCAGGCAAUAAAAUGCAGGGCCAACCAAAUAAUAAUUUGGUUAUAUAUAUUAACCAGAAAAGCCUAGUUCAGCCAGGCCGCAAUUGAGAGUGAUGAAUGUUGUUGCUCUCCCUGGAUUCAAAACCGGGUCUCCCCCAUGUAAGAGGCUGUGUGUUCAACCACCACACCAUGGAGGUAGUUAGUAUCUACUAACUUACUACUUGGAAUAGUCAUAAGAAUUGAGCAAUUGCCAGCGAGACUGAAGAGGAGCUUUAC